GCGGGCACAGCGGUGGAGAGAAUGACACGAACAUCCAUUGGUGGCGGAGCGCCUGGUACCCAGGAAACAAGGAGAGGAGAAUGUAGCAUCUUUCCAUCAGCAUAUUAGCACAGGAGGCUAGCGCGAUGCAGAAGCGGGGCGCUUUUGUGGGAUGUGUGAGAGUUUAACGGAGUAACAUGGCCUCCAGAGACUGAGGAGCUCUGGUUUCGGAGCAUGAUUCACCGCCAGGUGAUACUGACUCAGAAUUUAUACCAGAACCGCUUUCUCGGGCUGGCGGCCAUGGCCUCGCCGUCUCGCUCGUCCCAGGCCCGGCGCCGGAGCAAAGACCCUAUCCGGCACAGCUUCAACCCGGAGCACUUCCCAAGCGUGGACUUCCAGAACGGCGAGCCCGAACAGCUGGCAGCCGCCAUACCGCGUUCCACCAGCGAUACGGACCUGGUGACAUCACACUGCCGCUCUACACUGACCACCAGUACCUCCCACUACGCCAUCAGCCAGUCGCCGGACAUCACACUCACAUGGGACAUCAAGGAGGAGGUGGACGCCGGAGACUGGAUCGGAAUGUAUCUCAUCGAUGAGGUGCUGUCAGAGAACUUUCUGGACUAUAAGAACCGCGGGGUGAAUGGCUCUCACAAAGGCCAGAUCGUGUGGAAGAUUGAAGCCAAUUCCUACUUUGUUGAGCCCGAGACGAAGAUCUGCUUUAAGUACUACCACGGGGUGAGCGGCGCCUUGAGGGCAACGACACCCAGUGUGACCGUGAGGAACCCUUCAGCGCCGGUGUUCAAGCCGGUUGCCGUGGACGACGUGCCUCAGAGUCAGGGCAGGCGAAGACUCAUCAGCUUCUCUCUGUCAGAUUUCCAGGCGACAGGCUUAAAGAAGGGUAUGUUCUUCAACCCGGACCCCUACCUGAAGAUCGCCAUCCACCCGGGCAAACACAGCAUCUUCCCUGCUUUACCACACCACGGCCAGGAGAAAAGAUCAGGCAUCGUCUGCAACACCGUCAACCCCGUGUGGCAGAGAGAGAGGUUUAAUUUUGUGUCUUUACCCACGGACGUGCUGGAGAUUGAGGUAAAGGAUAAAUUUGCCAAGAGCAGACCCAUUAUAAAGCGCUUCCUGGGCAAACUGUCCAUGCCGGUGCAGAGAUUACUGGAGAAGCAUGCUAUCGGUGACCGAGUGGUCAGCUACACUUUGGGUCGAAGGUUGCCAACGGAGCAUGUCAGCGGUCAGCUGCAGUUCCGAUUUGAGAUCACUUCCUCCAUUCAUCCAGAUGAUGAGGACAUGUCCCUCAGCACAGAGCUCGAGUGUACCACAGUGCCUGAGGAACCCGAGCAGCAUGAGCCAGGGGAAGUGGAGGCAGGAGAACAUCCAGCUCCAGUCCAAGCCGAGGACACCAUGAGCCUGGAUCUGGUUGCUCCUGAUCUGCCUCUGGAUGGGGACACGUCUUCAGUAGAAGUUCCCAUGGAUGUAGAGACCUUAGAGGCAGACCUGGGAAGGACAGAGAUCCAGGAAACGGAGGAGACCGGGGGGGUCCCGGAGGCAGAAUCUGUACCCGGAGAGAGCAGUGAGCAAGAGGUGGAAGCCCUGGAAGCUGAGCAAAAUCGAGGGAGUCAGGUAGAGGUCCUGACGUCUGAGCAAGACAGAGGGAGUGAACAGGAAGUGGCAGCUCUGGAGCAGAUGGAGCAAGGAGAGACAGGAGUAGAAGGACAAGGAUACAGUCAAGAGACAAAUCAUGUAGAAGCAGCUGAUAUAGAAACUAUGGAAAGUACAGCUGCGGCCCCUGCUGUAGUGGCGGAAGAAAUGGAGAAUGCAACGGGAGGAUUUGAACCUCAACCUGUCUCCCCUGAGGAUCGUGCUCAAGCAGAGGAUGAGGAUCAGGAAGAAGAGGAAGUUUGCUCACUCCGGAUGCGUGGUACAGCAAAGAGAAAAAAUCGUCCGUGCUCACUACCCGUGUGUGAGCUGGAGACGGUAAUCGCCUCGACGUGCGAGGAACCCGAGACGCCGCGCUCGCACUACAUCCGUCUCCAUCACCUUCUCCACAGCCUUCCCUCUAACCAAUCAGAAAGCUCUAAAACAGAAGAAGAAGAAGAAGAGGAGGAAGAGGAGGAGCAAGAUGAAGACGGUGCAGCCCCAGAGCCGCUGACUCCCAAUGGCCCACGCCGUUCCCUUCCUCGCAGCCGCUCGCACCAGCGCCUCUCCGAACUCGUGCAGAUAUUAGACGGAGAGGGCCAAGCACUAGGGUCCGAUGAUCAGGUCAGAGACCAAAGGUCGCCAGGUGAGAGCGAGGGUGAGGCUGACCUUAGCCCGGUGCCGUGCUGUAGUCACAUGGUGGCGAGGGGUGCAGGCGCGAUGCGUGCAGCGUCUUUCGACAGCGCGCGAUGCACCAAGAGCAGCGUGUUCUCCUCACAGGAAGACGAGGACGACAUGGACGGGCUCGAUGGCAUCUUGGACUUAGAGGUGGAGCCUUGUCAGGGAUUGCGGACUCGGACGAGGGACGGAACAAGGUGGGAGGAAGUGCCUGACACUCAUGUGCAAAGUCCACAUGGUAUCGUGGGUAAUGGAGAGUCCCCAGGAGCUGGGACAAGCAACAGGAGAGAGUGUCCUCUGCCAUGUAGUCACCCUCCAGUGAGCCAUCUCCCUGCUCUGAGGCCGGACCCCCACCACUACCCCACCAUCGACGAGCCCCUUCCUCCUAACUGGGAGGCGCGUAUCGACAGUCAUGGACGCGUGUUCUACGUGGAUCACAUUAACCGCACCACCACGUGGCAAAGACCAACAGCAGCAGCGACGCCUGACGGCUUGCGCAGGUCCGGAUCCAUCCAGCAAAUGGAGCAGCUCAACAGGAGAUAUCAGACCAUCCAGAGGACCAUGGCGACAGAGAGGAGGGAAGAGGACGGAGGGAACCCUCGAGUGGAGAGGAGUAGCAGUACAGAGACCGACUCGCCGCCUCAGACAAGCGAGUCGAGGAGAGACUCGCACUGCUCACCGAGUCACUGUCAGAAGAUCACCCUGCUGCUGCAGUGUCCAGCCGUCAAGUUCAUCACGCACCCCGAGUUCUUCACCGUGCUCCACGGCAACUACGGCGCAUAUCGCAUGUUCACUAACAGCUCGUGUCUGAAGCACAUGAUCCUGAAGAUCAGGAGGGACGCGCGGAACUUCGAGCGCUACCAGCACAACCGCGAUCUCGUCUCGUUCCUGAACCGCUUCGCUGAUUCCCACACGGAGUUGCCACGGGGCUGGGAGAUUAAAACCGACCCCCAGGGAAAGUCGUUCUUUGUGGAUCACAAUAGCCGUGCCACGACCUUCAUCGACCCCAGAAUCCCUCUGCAGAACGGCAGGCUGCCCAACCACCUCACUCACCGGCAACAUCUGCAGAGAUUGCGCAGCUACAGUGCAGGAGAGGCAUCCGAUGUGUCCCGCACUCGUGGAGUGUCUCUGUUAGCGAGGCCUGGCAAUAGUUUAGUAACCUCCAUCCGAAACCAAAGCCAACAGGAGCCGGUGCCACUGGCGUACAAUGACAAGAUUGUGGCGUUUCUACGGCAACCUAACAUCUUUGAGGUGCUCCAAGAGAGGCAGCCGAGCCUGGCCAGGAACCAUUCGCUCAAAGAAAAGGUACACCACAUCCGUACAGAAGGCGCACCCAGACUAGAAAAGCUGUCCUGCGACGCCGACUUUGUCAUAUUAUUAAGUUUGUUCGAGGAGGAGAUCAUGUCCUACGUACCUCUCACCACGUUUCACUCCGGCUUCGCCUUCUCUCCCCGCUGCUCCCCCGGCUCCUCCCCGCAAAAUUCUCCAGGAACCCAGAGAGCUCGUGCUCCAGCUCCAUAUCGCAGAGACUUUGAGGCUAAACUUCGGAACUUCUACAGGAAGCUGGAAGCCAAGGGUUACGGGCAAGGGCCGGGGAAAAUCAAACUAAUAGUACGGAGAGACCAUCUACUGGAAGGCACGUUUAACCAGGUCAUGGCCUACUCACGCAAAGAGCUCCAAAGGAACAAACUCUAUAUCACCUUCGUCGGCGAGGAAGGUCUGGAUUACAGUGGGCCUUCUCGGGAGUUCUUCUUCCUGCUCUCUCAGGAACUGUUUAACCCGUAUUACGGCCUAUUCGAGUACUCCGCCAACGACACGUACACAGUCCAGAUCAGCCCCAUGUCAGCCUUCGUGGAGAAUCAUCUGGAAUGGUUUCGUUUCAGCGGCCGGAUCUUAGGCCUAGCGUUGAUUCAUCAGUACCUGCUGGACGCCUUCUUCACCCGGCCCUUUUAUAAAGCCCUGCUCAGACUAGCGACUGACCUGAGCGAUCUGGAGUAUUUGGACGAGGAGUUCCACCAGAGCUUACAGUGGAUGAAGGACAAUGACAUCACAGACAUCCUGGAUCUCAACUUCACCGUCAACGAGGAGGUGUUUGGCCAGGUCACAGAGAGGGAGCUGAAAUCAGGAGGAGCUAACAUCCAGGUGACGGAGAAGAACAAGAAAGAGUACAUAGAGCGCAUGGUGAAGUGGAGAGUGGAGAGAGGAGUGGUUCAGCAAACCCAGGCUCUGGUCCGAGGCUUUUAUGAGGUGGUGGAUUCUCGACUGGUGUCCGUGUUUGACGCGAGAGAGCUGGAGCUGGUCAUCGCCGGGACGGCCGAGAUCGACCUCAACGACUGGAGGACCAACACAGAAUACAGAGGCGGCUACCACGACGGACACAUCGUGAUCCGGUGGUUCUGGGGAGCAGUGGAGCGCUUUAACAAUGAGCAGAGGUUGCGUCUGCUGCAGUUCGUUACAGGAACGUCCAGCGUGCCGUACGAGGGCUUUACCGCUCUGCGUGGAAGCAACGGCCUGCGCCGCUUCUGCAUCGAGAAGUGGGGGAAGAUCACCUCUCUGCCCAGGGCUCACACGUGCUUUAACCGCCUCGACCUUCCUCCGUACCCGUCCUACACGAUGCUCUACGAGAAGCUCCUCAUUGCUGUAGAGGAGACCAGCACUUUCGGCCUCGAGUGAUGUGACGACGCUACACGUCUAGGACACUACUAUACACGUGGAUCUGGGGGUUUUUUUAGCCGAUAAAAAAAAAAUAGCGGUCUGUAUAUUGCUUCGAAACCGAAGACACCGUUGCAUGCAUCACUCACCUGUGUACAUGGGCGUGUCUGGGCAGCACCGUGUGCACCAUGCAAGCUGUGUAUGCAAUAUGGCACAACAGGCUUUAGCCUAACUCUUAACUCUCAGGGCCUCGACCUCCGCUGCAGCACUACGACUCCAACAAGGCUGCAGUGUUCACUUGGGAUACACACACACACACACACACACACACCACUGACUGCUCUCACCACAAUCUCACUCACAUCGGCUUGAUCGACUCAGUCAAGACACGUGAACACUUCAUUCCAAAAUGGUGUCAUUACAGAGAUCAGCACUAAUAUUAGCGUAUUUGAAGCAACACAGGAAAUGACAUCAUGAGCCAGAGAGAGAGAGACAGAGGUGUUUAGGAAUUUAAAGCAUAACUGGAAAACUCCAGUGUUUUUUUUUUUUUUUAAUCUAAUCUUUAUCAACUGCAUGAGCAGGGUUGUCAUGGUAACUGUACCAUGAAUCCAUAGUUAGAGUAUCAUUUUUAUCAUUUACAUUAUUUAUUUUGUUCAUUUUUCUGUUUCACUCCCUGCUGAAAAAAAACCCCAAUAGAAACCUUCACCAAUAGAAUUUGUAAUGGUUUUAAUGGGAAUUGUAAUAGUUUUAAUGGAAACUGUAACAGUCCCUGUGGGUCUCUACUGGUCAUUUGUUGCCUUCUAUUGGUGGCAUGUUAUGUCUAGUGGAUACCAUUAAGCACCGGUUAUGGUAAUGGUUUUAAUGGUUAGCUGAUGGUUUGUAAUGGUAUUUGUAGUGGAAACCAUUAGAAUUUCUGUGAUGGUUUCAAUUGUUUGUUUUUUUUUUUUGUUUUUUUUUUGACAUGCCAUCUACGCUGUGUUAUUUCCUGUUGUACCACAGCUCUGUUGAAUUCUUGAAUCUGAUUGGUCAGAAGAGAAGGUGUUGAUUAACUUUCUAUAACCGCAGCUCAUUCACAGGGACUCGUAUGGUGGAUGGUCUACAAUAAUAUAAGGCUGAUAAUAAACAAAAUAUUAUAUUAAAUAUAUAUUAUUUAUAAAAGAAAAACAUGCCGUCGUUCUAUAAGGAAACGUUUACUGUAUGUACCGUAUAUGGAAGGAGUCUCCAGUGUCAAUGCUUUGUAAGAGUGAGUUUCCCGAAAUUCUUCAGGAUGGAGGUGUUUAUUGGGAGAUUCUUCAGGAUGGAGGUGUUUAUGCUUUUUGUUGUGGUUUGUGGGGUUUUUUUUUUUUUUUGUCUUAUUAACUUUAAAAGAGAAGCUGGUGAGGGAACAACUGUUUAUAGCUUUUAUACACGACUUAAGCGAUGACAGAAACUAAAUGGUUAAACAACGUGGCGUUCUUUUAUUCAUUUUGAAAAAUUGGUAAUGGUUUGCAAAUUG